AGCCGAGUAUCUUUUUAUGUUGGCUGCAAAAUGGAUCUUAAUCUGUCGAGUUUUUCUUCUGUUGGCAGGUAUCUUAUGUUAACGGCACAUGUCUUAUAUAUGUUUCUAGCGUUUGUCUCGUGAGGUCAGAUUUAAUUUGCUGAUUCAAUUGUUGUUUCGUUGGCCAGAGAUUAUGUUAUUUUUCUAGGUUUUGGUAUCGCUUUUUUGUCAUUUUUAUGUUUUAUGCUUUUGCGUCCGUUUACAAAAUCACCAAAGGACAGUGAGCGGGUGAGCGGCGCGAAGCGGGACGAAUUGAACGAACUUGAACGAACGAACCUGAACGAACGAACCUGAACGAACGAACUUGAACGAACGAACCUGAACGAACGAACCUGAACGAACGAACUUGAACGAACGAACCUGUACGAACGAACUUUACGAACGCGCUUAUACGAACGCCAACGAAUGUUAAAUCGGCGGUGUCAAGUUCUUGCCGGUGGCUGCAGAACCUGAAACAAUCCAAAACCGUUUUUAAAUACAAUGAGUAUUGGAUCCUGAGGCUCCACCGGUAAAAGUUUUGGAUUGUGGCUUGGUAUCGUCUUACUCCGGAAAUUAAGAAAUCAAGUUGAAUCCGAUGUUCGUCAGUACGAAAACUGCAAGAAGAAUCAACAAGGUGGAUUAAUUCGAUUCUGAUAUGUGUGAGAGGCACAGUAAGUUCUGCAAGACCUUCAAAUCUAUCAUCCCAAAAUCUAAGGUACAGUGGCUUCAUAUUAUAUUCUUCGGCGUUCUUCAGCAACCUCACGGCCGUCUUCUGGAACCUGCUGGGUAGGGGUUCGGGCUUCUGUUGUUGGGUUAGCUUAGGCCUCUGUCUGUUGUUGGGCUGGUUUGAUUUUCUGUUGUUAACGAAUACGAUUACGAAUUGCGCAUUGCGACAUAGGGCGAGUAGUGCUACUAAGUACUAACUGUUCGGUAGUAAACGAACUUAUAUGUAUGUACACGUACUAUCGAACAAGAUCACGAAUUGCUUGAUGUUGAGGUCUUGUAAUUUCGUUUAACUGAACUUUUAGUAGAUAAUUUGCGUGACAUGUAAUCACGUUCUCACUGUCCUUUUAUCCCUUUAGCCCAACGUUUUGUUAUUGUUUUUUUUUUUUGUUUUUACGUUUUGUUUUUUCAUAAUUCCAUUAUUCUUAAUUCCUUUAUUCUCUUUGUCUUGUUAUUUUUAACAUAUUAUUAGCACUUAUCGGCUAGCCAUCUAUUGUUUACUAUUUCACCAUAUUUGGCUUAGCAUCCAUUUUGCAAGUCAGCAUACACUGCUACCCGGUGCUAUACACCCAACUUUUAAACAUGUCGGGAAAUUUCAACAAUAUAACUCGGGGGCAGUUGCGAAUACUGCUUGAUAAGAUGGGACAGGAUACACAAGGGACAAAAUCUGUUUUGAUUGAGAGACUUCAAACUUGCCUAAAGGAAGAUAAUUCUGCAUGCCGCUCAAAUAGCCCAGUCGUGCCUUUACAACCGGACGCUGAUGACGUGCCAAGGCUUAGCACAAGAUCACCAUUAAAACCUCCCGAUAUUUCUGGCCUCGAGGCAGCACGUAUUCAUUGGGAAGUAAGUUCACAAGCUUCGGCCUCGUCUUCGAUAGUCUCCGAAAGAGUACGCCGUGCAGGACUACAGGCUAGGGCAUCAUAUUUAGAGCAGAAACAUUUGCUAGAUCGCCAAGCGCAGGAACUUAAGGCUAGGCAGGAGAUGUUGGAGUUGAAAAUGCAAAUUGGGGAAGUCAGUGCGAGGGAAGCAGCGUUAGAAAGGGAGGAGGAAGGAAUUGCAAUGGGUUUUCAGGAAACUGAACGUGAUGACGCCGCGUUUCGGGAUAACGCGCCAAACAUGCAAUAUGUUUCUCAUUCUCCCUCAGCUCAUUCGCCCUCAGCAACUAGGGACCACUUAGAUGACGUUCAUGCCUCACAGUCAACCCAAUCGAACGUGCGUAGCGACAUAAAUCCUUCUUAUGACCUGGCUAGACGACUCCAUCUUCCUCCUUUGGAGAUUUCAACGUUUGAUGGAGAUUUAAGUAAAUAUAAAUGUUUCAUGCGGGCUUUUAAGUCAAAUAUUGCUACAAAGGUAGAUGAUGAAGAUGAAAAAUUGCAUUAUUUAUACCAAUACACUUCCGGACGACCAAGGGAGAUUGUCUCCACAUGCUUACACCUGCCACCAACGAGAGGGUUCGUGGAAGCGGUAAGUUUGCUGGAUAAACGUUACGGGUGUCCGUUUCAGGUGGCGUCGGGUCUGGUCGAUACCCUGAUACAAUGCCCCGCGGUGAGGCUCGAUGACGUCCAGGGAUUAGAAACGUUUGCUAUUCAGUUGAGGGGAACCAUGAAUGCCUUGUUAAGCCUCCCAUGCGGAACGGAUUCAGUCGACAUCAAAACCGUCCGUUUGCUCUUAGACAAACUGCCUUCGUUUUUUAAGGAUAAAUGGCGGAUCAAAGUCGAUGAUAUUGAACAAACAGAGCAGCGAAAAUCAGACUUUAGAGACUUUGUUUACUUCAUUGAAAGGGAGGCGCGCAUUGCAUCCAACCCGUCAUAUGGGAGACAUUUAACAAAUGUAACGAAAAAUUACCAAGAUAGAAAACAUGAAAGCAAAUAUCACGCGAGAGGGACACUUUUAGCCGGUAACGUCAGCUCUCAUCACUCCUCGUGUCUUUAUUGUCAGCAGGAUCAUGAAGUCGCCGAGUGUCCAGAGUUGAGAAUGCAGAGCAGAGAUGUCAAAAUGACGUUUAUACGGUCAAAUAAGCUUUGCUUUGGUUGUUUGUUACCGAAUCAUUUAAGCAAAUAUUGUGAAAAUAAAAAGAUUUGUACAGAAUGUGGGAGUCGGCACCCAACUAUCCUUCAUUUUGACCGAAAACAAACUCCACUCUCAACAGUCACUUUGGGCCAUCUUGCAUCAAGUGGAGGAGCAAAAUUGCAAGUCGUACCAGUGUGUGUUACGUUAUUCGGGGUGACGAAGUUCACGUCUGCCUUUUUGGACUCCGGCAGCACACAUUCGUUCAUUUCAAGAAAUUUACUCGCUAGUUUAGGGGUUGAACCAGCCGAAAGUACUUCAAUUACUCUUUCUACUAUCAACACAGAUCACAAAUUUGAAACAUGCGUUGUUUCGAAGGUUACCAUGGAGGAUUUACAACACAACAAUAAAUUAGAACUUCCUCCGUUAUUUGUUCUAAAUAAGAUCCCAGUGUCCAUCGAGGAUGCCCCGAACGUUAGAGAUUUAAACAAAUGGCCGUACUUGAGACAAAACGGGGUAUACUUAGAAGAAAACUUUAAGCACGACGUAGGCCUUCUACUUGGGAAUAAUGUGGCGGCGGUGAUGGAGCCGUUUGAGGUGGUUCCCAGUCAGAACGGCGGGCCAUUCGCCGUGAGAACCAGGUUCGGAUGGGUCCUAGGUGGAGUUGAUAAGGAUUCUCCGGUUCGUCUGAAAGUUAACCAAUUGCAAGUGGCUCUUGACGACGUUUAUGGUAAUAGGGCUGAAUAUCGGUUGGGUCUGUCCGCAGAAGACAUUAGGUGGCACGAAAUGGUAAAGGGAUCGUGCCAGCUGAUAGAUGGUCGGUGA